CCGGCCAGCCCGCCCCUUCCCCUUCCCCUUCCUCUCUAUCUUCAAAAUCCCAAUUCAAUUAUAAUAACGGCAAUUCUUCUACAGUAGAGCGAAGUAGGGUUUCUUUUUUUGGCCCCCCUUCAUUUUACAGAUUUUUUUUAGAUAAUAAAUCUUGUAUUUGUAUUGAAAUUCUUCGAUCCGCUUUCGUAUCGAUUGGAUUUGAAUUCAUGGAAGAAACAGGUCAACAGAGCUUCGAUCGAUUCGCUCCCAUCUCGUCUCCUGGGGAGCGAGCUAUUGAAUUGCAUAAUGUGACAGAACAGCCACUUUCGCCCAAAGAUGAAAGGAUUAUUUCUGCAAAUCCUUCUCCGGAUGCAGCCAUCUCAGGGGCUCCAAGAAAUGCCAAAGAUCAGCCUGUUCCCUUGGAUAAGAGUGGAGCUCUUACCACUGUGCAUCCACUUGAUGUGCCGCAUGAACAAAGUUUUUACUUUGGAGGUCUUGACAAUGGCACUGGGAACUGGGAUGAGCAUUCUAACUAUGUUAAUCCUAACAGCUUACAUGUUGUACCUCCAGGAAUGUAUAAUGAAAACCCAUCACUAUUUUUCCCUCCUGGUUAUGGCUAUGACACCCAGAUGGCAUAUGGACAGUUCUCUCCCAUUCCGAGUCCAAUCUCCACAAUAAUGAUUGAUGGCCAGUUUUACUCUCCGCACCAGAUCCCAGUGACACCACCUUAUUUUCCAGCAGUUUCACCUGGACUACCACAUGUUAGUUCAGCUCUUACAGUCUCACAGACUGAUCUAAUGGCACCAGCAACUAGUGGACAAGAAAGCUUAGUUGAUAAUGCGCUUUUUGGGCCAAGUUCAGGCUUCUAUGUACCUUUUGGAUCUUUUGGGGGAGGGGACCUUUCUGGAAAUAGUAGCCUUGGUUUCUAUAAGUUCCCAGGGGAUUUUGGGUCUGCUGAAGGAUUAUCAAAUCAAUCAAGUUCCCUGGAAUCAAGCAGGUACAUGUCUCAGUUAACAUCAGGAGCGGUAUAUCCACAGCCAAUUGGCAUUCUUGGGCCAUACGAGCAAAAUGUCGCUCAGGCGCCAUAUCAAGGGCUGGGGUUAGCGUCAAGCUCGUCUGCUAGACAUUAUCCACAUAGUGGCUCUUACCAGGGCAUGAAAUAUGGUACAGGUUCCAGUUCUCACUGGGAUAACCAGCGGAACAGACUGGGUCUAGAUAAAGGAGGAAGGCGUGAUAGAGAAAAGGACUCUCUGAACUACUCUAAUGAUUCUUUAGGAAUUUCAAGUGAUAGAAAUAGAGGACCUAGGGCUUCAAAACCAAAAAGCAAGAAUUCUGCUGAAGAGAAUGCUUCAUCUGGCAUACGUAAAGAUGUUGAAUCUACUUCUGGCUUUCAGCUUGACCAGUAUAACAGUCCAGAGUUUGUCACUGAUUAUGAGAAUGCCAAGUUUUUUGUGAUCAAGUCUUUCAGUGAAGAUAAUGUUCACAAGAGCAUUAAGUAUGGCAUUUGGGCUAGCACACCACUUGGAAACAGAAAGCUUGAUGCUGCUUAUCAUGAAGCAAAGGACAUGACAGGCAACUCCCCGGUCUUCCUUUUUUUCUCGGUAAAUGCUAGUGGACAGUUUUGUGGGAUAGCUGAGAUGGUUGGACCUGUUGAUUUUGAAAAUGAUGCGGAGUACUGGCAGCAGGAUAGGUGGAGCGGGCAGUUCCCUGUGAAAUGGCAUGUUGUCAAAGAUGUGCCCAAUAGUCGGUUCCGCCACAUACUUCUUGAAAAUAAUGACAACAAGCCUGUUACUCACAGUCGAGACUCUCAAGAGGUGAAACUUGAGCAAGGAAUUGAAAUGCUUAAGAUUUUCAAGGACUAUGAAGCUGAUACAUCCCUUUUAGAUGAUUUUACAUUCUAUGAUGAGCGGGAGAAAGCCUUGUUGGAAAAGAAGGCAAAGCAACGAGCUAGUGUGACAGGAAACUCUACUAUUGCUCUUGCUGAUCCAAUUAAUCAACUGUCAGACAACCUGGCUGAUACUCUGAACUUGGACGGUAGUAAGAAGCUACCAAAAACAGAGUUGGAGUAGUUCAUAGUGGUCCGAGAUGGAUAGCAGGAAGAACGAUGUUAUAAACCGGAUGGAAUUAGGUGUAGUUAUUUUGGCUGCUGCAAUGGUCAUAUGACUGGACGUCACUGACUGUGAUCUUUUAAGGUGGUAUUUCGUUUACCUCAGACAGACCAUCUCUCAUCCUCUCCUUUCUCUCUCGCUCACAUAUUUGUUGAUUGUUUGAAGUAGUUGGUUGUACAAUGAAGUUGUUGGGGAUGAGGAGGAGCAGGGAGAAAAUUUCAAAUCCUGAUUCCGUCUCUCUCUCUCUCCUUUUUUUUUUUUUUUUUCCGUUUAUUACUUUGGCAGUUCUCUUAUGAUGUAGGUGGCAUCAGGCAUAUGAAGGUGGUUAAAUCUGAUGUUUCUUUGGAAGUGUGUUUAGUUCACACACUGAUGCUUACUGUUUGUACGUCUAGUCUUCUCUUUCUCUGAAAAGCAAUUAUUUUGACCUGCUGCGCAGUAAAGUCUGUAAAAUCCCCAAAUUGGUGACAGUUGAAUGAAGAAAUACAGCAUUAUGUUACAGGAGCCUAAUGAGUACCCUCUUUUUGACAGCUGAUCUUGUAAAAUAACCAGAUGGUCCAGAUCUCUUUUUUCCAAUCUAGGUUUAUCUUUUUCUGUGCACUAGAGUCCGACAAGUACUGUAUUGCUUUGGAAUACCAUAAACUAACUUCAGGAAGUCUGUCAUUGUGCAACAAGGACUGGCAUCUUAUUUU